UGUGCUUAGAUGAGCUCAGCUGGUCAUUUAUUUUGGGAAUCGUCUCGUUAUGCAGUAGUCAUAGCUACUAGUUUAAAGAAUGACACCUGUAUUUAUGUAGGUAUAUUACAUUGUUAAAAGUGAAUGCUACCGCAUACAUAGGGCUUGAGGUUUGUAAUUGUUGCGCAGAGUCAGAGGACUGAUCCAGCAAUGUCAUCUCUGACUGCUGUAGCCGAAGAACUUCUCAGAGAUAUUAAAAACGUUUAUGCAGAGACAUCGAACAUUCCAGAUGACCUGCUCUUGGCACUGAAGUUUAUGUUUGGUUCCUCGGCACUACAUGCCCUGGAUCUAGUGGACCAUCGUUCCGUCACCUGUCUCUCAUCACCCAGUGGGCGAAAAGUAUUUCAGGUUGUCGGAGCCUCUGGAAAUUUUUACACCUGUUACAUUUCUGUUCACUACUGCCCCUGCCCUGCGUUUGCCUUCUCUGUGCUCAGAAGAAACGAGAGCUUGCUGUGUAAGCACAUCCUGGCCAUCUACCUCUCCCAGGCUCUGCAACUGUCCAGGCAGGAGCCUGUGUCUGAUCAGCAAAUGUCCCACAUUCUUUCUGGAAAAGUAAGGAACAGCACGUAGGCAUUCGGCUCCAGGGGAGUCAUGGACCCCUGAGCCCUUUGAGUACAUUUGUUCAGAUUUUUCUUUUUCAAGUUAAAUUUAACCUAGUAACCACUGGGCUGGCAAGUGGGUUGGGGAGCUGGGGGGAUGCUGGCUGCCUGCUGCUGCAGUUUUCUGUCCGUUGUCUCUCAUUUCUGGUUUGGAUGCUUCUCUCAUAUACUGUCAUCAUAUGUUGUUAUCAGUUGUGUGAGAUGCCCAGAAUGAUGUUGAUGAUAUGUACUUUAGUAAUCUGUCGUCUCUGUAGCUUCUGGCAGACUGACGGAAGUCACACCGACCUUGCUGUUUUAGAUGGGACACAUAUUUCUGUCCAAAGCUGGACAGUGUGGCUUGGGGUCAGAAUGAAUGAAAAACUUGGAUUUAAUGGCUUUGAACUGCAAUACUUCUGUUAAUGCUUUGUAUGAAUGAUGCUGCUUGUCUGUAUAAAUCCUGGAGCUGAGAGUUCAAACCGAUUGUUUUCAAAUAGUCCUUUAAGAAUAUUUAUUGUGCAUAACACUGCAUAAAAGUGAAUCUGAACAUUGCAUUUCUUACAUUAUACAUAAAAUCCAUGGAAUAAAUAACCAGUUUUG